CCCGGGUGAGGGUUGAGGGGUGGGAGGCGCUGGCCUGCCUGAGGUGCCGAACUGCUCCAGCGCGUGUUCCCGGCCACUUGGUCGUCAUGGAGGAGAUCUUGGCUGAAGAGCUUGAUGAUGAGGAGCAGCUGAUGAGAAGGCAUCGGAAGGAGAAGAAGGAGCUGCAAGCUAAAAUUCAGGGAAUGAAGAACGCCGUUCCCAAAAACGACAAAAAGAGGAGGAAGCAACUCACGGAAGAUGUUGCUAAAUUGGAGAGGGAAAUGGAGCAAAAACACAGGGAAGAACUUGAGCAAUUGAAACUGACUUUCAAGGACAGUAAGAUAGAUUCUGUUGCUGUUAACGUUUCAAACUUGGUACUUGACAGUCAGCCACCUCGGAUUUCAAAAGCACAAAAGAGACGGGAGAAGAAGGCUGCAUUGGAAAAGGAGCGGGAAGAAAGGAUAGCUGAGGCAGAGAUUGAGAACUUAUCUGGAGCCAGACAUCUAGAGAAUGAAAAACUUGCUCAGAUAUUGGCAGCCAGAGAACUGGAAAUGAAACAUAUUCCAUCUGACGGUCAUUGUAUGUAUGGGGCACUUGAGGAUCAGCUGAGAGAACAAGACUCUGCUCUGACUGUGGCUACCCUAAGGAGGCAGACUGCUGAGUACAUGCAGAGCCAUUCAGACGACUUCCUGCCAUUCCUAACCAACCCCAACACAGGAGACAUGUACACGCCAGAAGAGUUUGGAAAGUACUGUGACGAUAUUGUAAACACGGCCGCAUGGGGUGGUCAGCUUGAGCUAAGAGCUCUGUCUCACAUCUUAAAAACACCGAUCGAGAUACUACAGGCAGAUGCUCCUCCUAUUAUAGUUGGUGAAGAGUAUCCAAGGAAUCCAUUAGUACUAGUAUACAUGAGGCAUGCGUAUGGCUUAGGAGAACAUUAUAAUUCUGUUACACGGAAGAGUUGAAAGCCGCUGUUCAGAAGCACAGAGCUGUGUGGUAAAAUCAGCACAGAAGACUUUUAUGUGGAACGACUCAUGUUACUCAGAUUUUAAAUCACUUAGAACAGUAUUCUUUGUGAGAGAGCUGUGCCCACACACACAAGUGUGGUUGCUGUAACAGAGUACCAAGGGAUGGGACACACCUUGAGUAGAGCCCUUGCCUAUUGUGCAUGAGGCUCAAGGUUCAAUUUCUAGCACCAACAAAACACAACAAUUUAUGAAAAGGAAACUUUGUUGUGAUCUGUUUUUUCCAAGUUAGAAGUAUAACUAAGAUUGAGCAUCAUGUUAUAAUAUUUGGACUUUUGAUCUAUGUAUACUGUCUGUGAGUAAAAAUGGGCUUAUGAUGUUAAAGCAGGUAACAGUGUGGCAAGCUGGCAGAGACUGGGGUCAGACCUUUCUGAGGUCAUUCCAGCUGACUAAAACAUACUCUGCCUGCGACACGGUAUAUUCUGAAGGGUAGCUGCUUUGUAACUUUUGAUCCUUUUUUAUUCUGAAAUUUAUAAAAGCAUGAUAUUGUAAAGUAACUGCUUUGAACUUACUUUGAAGUAAUGCUAUCCUCAUCUUUUCAGUAUCAGCCUUAAGGAUUUAUAGAACAAAACAUGAAAAAGUUAUUGAAAAUUCUGCUUUCAACAGAGAUUCUAAAAAUAACUCAAUGUUUUGUUGUUCUGUCAAGAAUUCAAAUGUACUUAAUUAUGUAUUUCAAAAUUUUGUUUAUAUGUUUUAUUUUACAAAGGCCAGUAUAUUUAUGAAUAAAAUGUAUGGCCUACUUCCACCAUUUUAGCUAUAAAUGGAAAAGUCUUUUAAAAAUGGUAGGUGUUGAUUUAAGAACAAUGUAUGCAAAUUAAGUUUGCUGCUGCUGGUCUGAUGGAACUUCCACAAGCUUUCUUCAGUCCUGAUUGAAAACAUGUCAACACUUUGAAAUGUGUCAUCAACCAAGAAUUUUAUCUACUUACAUAUAUUUAUAACCUGUAAAAAGUAAAACAAAGAAUGUGUAACUAUUGUGAGCAAGAUAACUUUGCUCAUAUUAUCUGAUGUUUAUCAAAAGAAUAAAUGAUAAAGGAGUUGAAUCAAUA